AUGUGCCACAACUUCUUCUACCGUUUUUAUUCUCGACUUCUUCAUCACCCUGAACAGGCACCAGGUCAGCCGUCAGAAUUUUCUCAGAUGCGAUUAUUUCUGGUCCGGCAUGGCGAGACUGAGCACAAUGUUGCUGGACUACUUGCAGGUGUUUCUGACUCACGCUUGACUAACCAUGGCGUCCUUCAAACGCAGCGGCUUGGUGCAUACCUCGCCACUCACCGCAAUCUGAAACUGACGCAUAUUUUCGCGUCAGAUCUCCAGCGGGCCUAUUUGACUGCUGAAGAAGUUCGCAAACACCAGAGCUCCAGAUGGGCAGAUGUUCACCGUGUUCCAGAUGUGGUGAGAUUGGCUCUUCUUCGUGAGCAGGACUUUGGCUCCCUCGAACUUGUUCCAUGGGCUUCCAGACGAGCGCAAAGUGCAUUGACUCCUCAGCACCACGAUGUGCAAGAUCCCCAUUUCCGGCCGCAAGAGACAAAGGAAGCCAUGACAAGUCGAGCGGAAGAGUUCUUGAUCAACUCUGUUCUACCCCUCCUUGCGACUGUCUCAGAUCAUAGUGACGCUGACUUGACCCCGGAUUGUGUUGCCAUCGUCUCCCAUGGUCUUUUUCUUGCUGUUUUGUGGCGCACCAUUCUCAGCAAAUUUCGAGCCAGCAGUGUCCGAAUGGGUCCUGAGGUGGAUCCAGUCCACCACAAUAAACCACUCCCAUACUUACCAUCAUGGGGUAAUACCAGCUUCCUUGAAGUCACGAUCGAGGCGAGGCAACACAACCGUUCCAUUCAAGGCCGGGAGCUUUCGCCAACCACCCGUGACGGAGACCAUCCAAUACUGAAUGACAGGAAGCUAACCAUAGUCACCGUCAAUGGUAGAGACCAUCUGGCAGGUCUCAAGAGAACCCGGGGUGGGCUAGGUUCAACGCCCCAUGAUGAGCGCCAAAAACGUCUGGAUGGAUUCUUUAAGCGGCCAAAGGCUACAACGGACGACUCAGCAACUUGAAGGCCUCCUUGACUGAGUGGGCUGCCGGACAGGCCUACGGAUCCGAGAAGCAUAGUUUACCCACCGAAACAUUCCCAUUGUGGCUACAGUCUCUACCAGCAUUGUCAUCCUGCUCAGAAGAAGAUAUCAAUGCCUGCCAGCGAGCGGGAACCGGUAAAGGAUGUGUCAGAAGCUUGGUGGACUCACUCAUGCAUGCAUCUCGUGGCAGCUGAGUUUGCGGCGGCUUCAUUUGGCAUUUGCCGACUUCGACCCAUUAUAUCAGGUUUGUGGGGUAGACUUGAUGGUAUUGGCCCAUGUAAAACGACCUCAGUCAACACGACCUGAUGGAACGCGUACCAGUACAAGUGCAUGACAGGCGCAAUACUACCCAUGUUCUUAGAGAAGGUGCUGAACAUCUCCGUACAUCGAUGUCAAAAGACUCAGAUUUAUCAAUGAUUGGUUGGAGAGAGUACACAAUCGAACCUUGGAAGGGUUCACGCUCGUUCAGUCUCGUAUUAUGAGUUCUUGUCUAUCCUGCAAGACAGUCAAGUAUGUCAAAGCUCAUCGGUCAGCGGACUCGGGGGUUGCUGGUUGCUCUGGGAGACUACCAGGACGAGUGAUGGUGUUAGUCCUGCGGGUUGUGGUACAAGGCGCCUUCUGGCAGGCAGCCAUCAUCCAGAUUCGUCAUUAUUGGGGCCGCAAUCACGUGGACGCGCGGCUUCCUCUGUUUCCUACAUCCGCUCGCUCUUACUCCCUCCCAUCUUCAUUUGCACUUCUUCUCAUUAUCACCUCACUUCUCAUUUUUCC